AGAAAGAAGCCGCGGCUGGCGCCUGCGAAUUUGGAAUUCAAUUGGGAGGGACCUCUUACUCGGGGGAAAUGGAUUCUGGACCACGGCUGACCAGCGUUUUCACUUUGUUCUUUUCCGGCUUGUGGCAUUUAGGAUUAACAGCGGCAAAUUACAACUGUGAUGACCCAUUAGCAUCCUUGCUCUCUCCAAUGGCUUUUUCCAGUUCCUCAGACCUCACUGGUAUGCAGAGCCCGGCUCAGCUCAACCGAAGAGUCGGAACUGGCGGUUGGUCCCCAGCAGAUUCCAAUGCUCAGCAGUGGCUCCAGAUGGACCUGGGAAACAGAGUGGAGAUUACAGCAGUGGCCACGCAGGGAAGAUUCGGAAGCUCUGACUGGGUGACGAGCUACAGCCUGAUGUUCAGUGACACAGGACGCAACUGGAAACAGUACAAGCAAGAAGACAGCAUCUGGACAUUUGCAGGAAACAUGAAUGCUGACAGUGUGAUGCACCACAAGUUACUGCAUUCUGUGAGAGCCCGGUUCAUUCGCUUUGUCCCCCUGGAGUGGAAUCCAAGCGGAAAGAUUGGCAUGAGGGUUGAAGUCUACGGAUGCUCCUAUAAAUCGGACGUUGCUGACUUCGAUGGUCGAAGCUCCCUACUUUACAGGUUCAAUCAGAAGCUGAUGAGUACUCUCAAAGAUGUGAUUUCCCUGAAGUUCAAGAGCAUGCAAGGAGAUGGGGUCCUCUUCCAUGGAGAAGGACAACGGGGAGACCACAUCACCCUGGAGCUCCAGAGAGGGAGGCUCGCCCUGCACCUCAACCUGGAUGACAGCAAACCUCGUCUCAGCAGCAGCCCACCCUCAGCCACCCUGGGGAGCCUACUGGAUGACCAGCACUGGCACUCUGUCCUCCUGGAGCGAGUUGGCAAACACGUGAAUUUCACUGUGGACAGGCACACACAGCACUUCCGCACCAAGGGCGAGGCAGAUGCCCUGGACAUUGACUAUGAGCUUAGUUUUGGAGGAAUUCCAGUACCAGGCAAACCUGGGACCUUUUUAAAGAAAAACUUCCAUGGAUGUAUUGAAAACCUUUACUACAAUGGAGUAAACAUAAUUGACCUGGCUAAAAGGCGAAAGCAUCAGAUCUAUACUGUGGGCAAUGUCACUUUUUCCUGCUCUGAACCACAAAUUGUUCCCAUCACAUUUGUCAACUCCAGCAGCAGUUAUUUGCUGCUGCCUGGGACUCCCCAAAUCGAUGGGCUCUCAGUGAGUUUCCAGUUUCGAACCUGGAACAAGGAUGGUCUCCUUCUGUCCACGAUGCUCUCUGAGGGCUCAGGGACCCUGCUGCUGAGGCUGGAGGAUGGAACCCUGAGACUCGUGAUUCAGAAAAUGACAGAACGUGCAGCUGAAAUCCUCACAGGAAGGGACUUGAAUGACGGCUUGUGGCAUUCGGUUAGCAUCAGUGCCAGAAGGAACCGCAUCACUCUCACGCUGGAUAACAAUGCAGCAUCCCCGGCUCAGGACACCAGCAGGAUGCAGAUUUAUUCUGGAAAUCGCUACUAUUUUGGAGGGUGCCCUGACAAUCUCACCGAUUCCCAAUGUUUAAAUCCCAUUAAGGCUUUCCAAGGCUGCAUGAGGCUCAUCUUUAUUGAUAACCAGCCCAAGGACCUCAUUUCAGUUCAGCAAGGUUCCCUGGGGAAUUUUAGUGAUUUACACAUUGAUCUGUGUAGCAUCAAAGACAGGUGCUUGCCAAACUAUUGCGAGCACGGAGGAAGCUGCUCCCAGUCCUGGACGACCUUCUACUGUAACUGCACUGACACAGGUUACGUAGGUGCCACCUGCCAUAACUCCCUCUAUGAGCAAUCCUGCGAGGUGUACAGGCACCAAGGCAACACUGCUGGUUUCUUCUAUAUCGACUCAGAUGGCAGCGGGCCCCUGGGACCUUUCCAAGUGUAUUGCAACAUCACAGAGGACAAGAUCUGGACGUUGAUGCAGCACAACAACACAGAAUUGACCCAUGUGCAAGGUGCCAACCCUGAGAAGCCCUACUCCAUGACCUUGGACUAUGGAGGCAGCCUGGAGCAGCUGGAAGCAGUGAUCGAUGGCUCCGAGCACUGUGAGCAGGAGGUAGCUUACCACUGCAAGAGGUCUCGCCUGCUCAACACACCAGAUGGAACUCCAUUGACUUGGUGGAUUGGGCGGUCCAAUGAAAGGCAACCCUACUGGGGAGGCGCCCCUCCUGGAGUUCAGCAAUGCGACUGUGGCCUGGAUGAGAGCUGCCUGGACAUUCGACACUUUUGCAACUGUGAUGCUGACAAGGAUGAAUGGACAAAUGAUACUGGCUUUCUUUCCUUCAAAGACCACUUGCCUGUCACUCAGAUAGUUAUCACUGAUACGGACAGAACAAACUCAGAAGCUGCUUGGAGAAUUGGUCCCUUGCGUUGCUAUGGUGACCGACACUUUUGGAAUGCAGUAUCAUUUUAUACAGAAGCCUCUUACCUCCACUUUCCUACCUUCCAUGCGGAAUUCAGUGCUGAUAUUUCCUUCUUUUUUAAAACCACUGCUUUAUCUGGAGUUUUCCUAGAAAACCUUGGCAUUAAAGACUUCAUCCGACUGGAAAUAAGCUCUCCUUCUGAGAUCACCUUCGCCAUUGAUGUUGGGAAUGGCCCCAUAGAGCUCAUAGUCCAGUCUCCUUCUUCUCUGAAUGACAACCAAUGGCAUUACGUCCGAGCAGAGAGGAACCUCAAGGAGACCUCGCUCCAAGUGGACAACCUCCCGAGGAUGACCAAGGAGACCUCAGAAGAGGGCCAUUUCCGGUUACAGCUCAACAGCCAGCUGUUUGUAGGGGGAACAUCAUCAAGACAGAAAGGCUUCCUAGGAUGCAUACGCUCCUUACACUUGAAUGGGCAGAAACUGGACCUGGAGGAGAGGGCAAAAGUCACGUCUGGAGUUCGGCCAGGAUGCCCAGGCCAUUGCAGCAGUUAUGGCAGCAUCUGCCACAAUGGGGGCAAGUGUGUGGAGAAGCACAGUGGAUACUUCUGCGAUUGCACCAGUUCACCAUAUGAAGGACCCUUUUGCAAAAAAGAAUGUUUCUGCGUUUUUGAGGCUGGCACUUCAGUCACUUACAUGUUUCAAGAACCCUACCCAGUGACCAAGAAUGUGAGCCUCUCUUCUUCAGCGAUUUACGCGGAUGCAGCCCUAUCCAAAGAAAACAUUGCACUGAGCUUUGUGACAGCCCAGGCACCCAGCCUCUUGCUAUAUAUCAAUUCUUCUUCUCAGGACUUCCUGGCUGUCCUGCUCUGCAAGAAUGGAAGCUUACAAGUUCGCUCCCAGCUAAACAAGGAAGAAACCCAUGUAUUCACCAUCAAUACAGAGAACUUUGCCAACAGAAGACUGCAUCACUUGAAGAUUAACAGAGAGGGCAGAGGGCUUACCAUUCAGAUGGAUCAUCAACUCCGACUCAGUUAUAACUUCUCCCCAGAAGUCGAGUUCAGGGCUAUCAGGUCCCUCACCUUGGGCAAAAUCACAGAGAAUCUUGGAUUGGAUGCUGAAGUUGCCAAAGCCAAUGCCCUGGGUUUUGUUGGGUGUCUGGCCUCAGUCCAAUACAACCAUAUUACACCACUGAAGGCAGCGCUGCGCCAUUCUACCACUGCACCUGUAACCAUCCAAGGGGCCUUGACAGAAUCCAGCUGUGCCUCUCUGAUGGAUUCAGAUGUGAAUGCGGUGACCACGGUGCAUUCCUCAUCAGAUCUUUUUGGGAAGACAGAUGAGCGGGAACCACUCACCAAUGCAGUACGAAGUGACUCAGCCAUCAUUGGAGGAGUAAUAGCAGUGGUGAUAUUCAUCAUCUUCUCGAUCAUCGGCAUCAUGAGCCGCUUCCUUUACCAGCAUAAGCAGUCACAUCGCACCAACCAAAUGAAGGAGAAGGAAUAUCCAGAAAAUUUGGACAGUUCCUUUAGAAAUGACAUUGAUUUGCAAAACACAGUGAGCGAGUGUAAGCGGGAAUAUUUCAUCUGAAAAACUUCAGGGUCAUCUCAUAUUCUUUCUUUGUUCAUUUUUGGUUUCCCUUUAUCCAAUUACUCCUAUACUUUAAUUUUGGUCAUUCUCUUUCUCUGUUUCCCUUUUAUUUUGGGGACAUACCUGCAUUCACCACAGCAUCUAUCCCCUCAAACUAGCCCAGAAUACUAGGCAGCUAUGGCCACUGCCUUCCUCUUUAACAAACUUAUCAUGGUGAAAAUGAUCACUCAAGAGAUUGAUUUGACUACUUUAGACAAGGAAGAGACACAUGGGUGUGCACAUGUCCAUAUUCUGUUCUGUAUUUCUGAGUUCUAAGAUGCAGCCUUCAGUUCUGCAACUAUUUAGUCUUGCAGGCUUACCUUGAACCUGAGCUCUGUGACUUCAGCAUGUAACCAUCAUCCUAGACACCCUCCCCCAUUUCAAGUCCACUCUGACCAGAGAACUCAGGGUACCAAAAAGGAAGAUUCUAGGGCCUGGUUUGUGUCAGUGGAAGUUUAAAAGGAAAAAAAGAGGUUUGUUGUGUAUUAAUUUUCCUUACUAUAGGAAGCCCAUUGCCCUAACUCAUCAUCAUUGUUCACUCUCAUAUCCCCUGAGUAUUUUCAAAAAUAGGACUCCUGAUAGUCAUAAGCUAUUACUGUGUUCCUUUCUUACCACUCUCUCCUGGGGCUGACACUUUAGAACAGUACACAAUAGCAUAAACCUAGGGGAAGCAUGGAAAAUAGUCGCUUGAAACUAGGAGGUAAAAAGACAGCUGCUAGGAAGUAGAUGUUCUAUAACUUCGAAAAUGCCUCUUCUAAUUUUGUAAGAAAUAUUAGCUAGGUUAUUCCUGAAAUUAUUAUACUGAUAUAUAUAUAUAUAUAUAUAUAUAUAUCAGUUGCAUCAAAAAGCAACUCAAAGUCUAAAAUAGUAUUUGGUUCCAUGAAAGAGCUUAAACCAUCUCAACUCAGCUUUAAAGAAAAAUAAAAACAAGACAAAAACAAAAAGCAAAGCAAACAAACAACAAACAAAAACUGCAUGAAAGCAAAGAAAUGCCAAACAGAAUAUUUUUCCUUCCAUCCCCUCACUAAAGAUCUGGUGAAAAGCGUAAACACAAGUUUCACAUUUUAGAAUAGAGAUAAUAACCCACAUCUGCCACUGAGCCACUUCUUUCUAGGAGGUUUAGGAUGAACUGACAUAUGAGACACUCUGACUAACUCCAGGAAGCUACCACUGCUUUUCAUAAUUUUAGAGGAGCCCUUGGGCUCUACAGUGCAUCACAUUUUCAAGUCUGCUGCAUCCUGUGUGUAUAAAGGUCCCCACAUGCUUCUUUCUAUAGGCAUAAACUCCCAGAUGAGGCAGUGACAUGUUUCAGGGUAUGCAUCAUUUUGGUACCAAAACAGCCGAGGAACAUCAUCAUUCCUUCAAGAAGCUAUGUUGGGCUCAUCCUCGAGGUGGUGGUAAGAAUCCUGGUGGUUUUGCUAUAGGAACAUUCCUCACUCUUUGCCUCUGGGCCAUCUUCAGGAAAAAGAUAAGGGGAAAACUAUAUAAAUGUUCUAGUAUGCUGGGAAUGCAAACAGAAUGAGCCACAGAUGUGGAAAGUACUUGCUGAUUCUCUUUACAAGACAGACUCAAUUUGAAUCCCAUCUUUUCCUUUUUGUGUCUGUCACCUCUGACUGUUUUAACACUUUCCUGCAUGAUGAGGCUCACAAUGAGGGGGUCCUCAGCUUCACCCCAUUUCAGGUCUAUUUCAGGUUUUCAAUGUCAGAGAACAUGGGGACAGGAUUUUGUUUGCAAUCAUAUUUCUCAAAUAGAAGGUGUUCUAAAGACACACUCUCUUUUGAAAAUUUUAUGUGGAUUCUUACUUAAUCAUUUCCAUUAUAUCCUUUUGCUAGCAAAUUUAUUUUAAAGUAAUUCUAACAAGGUUUUUUUUUUUUCCCUUCUAACUUUAAUAAGAUGAACGAUCCAUUCAUAAGAGGAAAGAUCUUAAAAUAUUGUUUCCUCCUGCCCUGUUCUCUCCUACUUCCAAUGUUCACUUUUGAAUUUUCUAUUUCUAUAAAAAGACUUUAUAAAUCAGCCUUUUGCUUGGCAAUAUCAUCCUCUGUCCCCUGAAAUAAAAGUCACCAUGUAGUGCAGUGGGUUUAGCCUGAAGCAUCUCCAAUAAUGAAAUGGAAGGAAAAAGAAGGUUGAGUAAUAAAACUGGAACUGCUCAUUAUUCAAGUCUCUGAGAAGUAGGGACUAUAUUUUGCUGACAUAGUACAGAUAUAAGAAAUGGAGGACUAACAGAGGCCGACUUGGAAUGUUCGUUUUUCUCAUCUACUUAUGCUUGUGGGUAGUUCUGUAGGGUGAAAACGUUGGGAAACUCCAUUCUUGCCACAUCUCCACUACAGAAUCUACCAGCAAACCUCCCCAUAUCUGUAGACUUAUCUAUCCAUAAUACUACGUAUCACAGACUUAAUGACGAAUGCCAAGACAGUGCAAUCAGCACGUCACUCUUAUAAGCAGAGUCUCAGGGCUAAAUAAAACUUAUUUUUACAGGGUUGGAAUAUUUCAUAACCCCAGAGAAUGCUAACUUUCACUAGAUGUAUAUGGAAAGCAAGCACGCUGCUCCUUCCAAAGGAAAACACACUUUUCAGUGACAAAGAAGUGUGAACUCUGCCUAUCUUUCCUCAUUGGUACCAAAAUCCAUGGAGUUUUGUGCAACUGUUGAUUUCUGUGUUUCAAUCCUUGAACAAUUAUAAUCUAAAGCAAAAGUGUUUUAAAGCAUUCUGAUGCCUCCUUAACCACAGUUUUCUUCUUUGAGUUUCCUGACUGCACAUGUUGGCCAAUUGGAUCACCAUAAUUCUACACUUUAACUCUCUUUGGUAAUUGCUGUUUACCGAAGUAUUUUAUAGAAUGUGCUUUAUAGGAAAACCAAAAACACCUGUGAAAUUUCACAUUUAAAGGGGGCCAUUUCAAUGAUAUCAUUCCCACCAAACCUAUUUAUGUAAGCAGCAGUGUGUUUGCUUACCGUAAACAUGUAUUUAAUGCUACAUCAUUCCUUAUGUGUAUAGGUUUGAAUGCUAUGGUUUAUAGGAGAAUUUGUCUAGAAAGUUAGACAUUUGUCACUUCUCUAGAUAUAUUUUUAAGAAAAGCUUCACUUAUUCUCUACUCUGAACUGCAAGGGUAAUAUUUAUUUUAAGGAUCCUAGGGCUGUUUUAUUCAAAACAGUUUUUAUACCCUUGAGUAAUAACAGAGAUGGUACUAACCUGACUUCCAUCUUUUGUUAGACUAUUGCCCACCACAGGGUCACAGGAGCAGGAUAAGAACAAAAGAAGAAAACUGGUCUAUGCUUCAUUCCUGGAGUAAUUAUUACCCAAUGCUCUAAAGGCUGUGUUAGAUACUGAGUAUGUUAACAUACACUGCACCUUGUUCUUGACCUUGGAAAGCCAAAAGUCUGGCAGGGGAGGCAUAUAUUGUUGUCAUAGACUUACUGGAGACUGAAAGAAACAGAUACUUUCUGGAAAAUAUUUCUAUGUAUUUCUUCUUGUUUAUUACUUCUGCCUUCAAUAAGCUGUUUUGUGUUCCUUUCUUAAAGCAAGUAUCAAUCUCUGUGGGUAUAUUUCUCUGGAGGGAGAUGGAUUGACUCUGUAGAGACAAGAAUAAAUGAUCUCCAUCUCUAAAGUACUUCUGGGGAAGCUGUAUUCUCUCCAUUCUUGUUUUAACUCUGGGUAGGGGAUUCUGAAAGCCCUCCUUCUAAGGGUCAGACACAACAAUCUCCAUUUUUCCCCGUUUCAUUUCCCAGUUCUUUUAUGAAGUUUAUUCAUGACCUAUUGCAUGCCCUUGUUCUUCCAGAUUUGCCUUAAGGCAUUUUUUUCAUACUCUAGCUUCUCCUAAAACCCUAUUGCAUCCUGAUGAACCAUAUUGACUCAACUUAGGAAGAUCUCGGAGAACUGGAUGAAGUACUGCUUUGAGUAACUCAUUGACUCAAAGGUGUCAUCCAUCUAAAUGAAGCCUCAUAUCUGUGCUCUGGGGGGAUUUUUCCAAUUCUGAAAAAAAAAAAAAAUCACACAUUUGUCGUCUCUGCAAGAAGCUCAUUCAGUUACAAGAGCUACCCUGGGAGACUCCAAGAUCCUUACAGAGAUAGGAAUGAGGCCCUUGAGUUCUUUCUUAUAAAAAUUCUUGACAGCUUGUCCACCAAUAACUGGCAUCUUUUGAAUUUCUACAUGGCUACAAUCCAUCAAAACCAUAUUGUAGCCUGAGCUUGCCAAAGGCAAUCUGAGACACAGUGUAUAGCUCUGAUACUCUUCCUUAACCAGAAAGCUGAGGCAUACUUAAUCCUCCUUUGUCCUAGAAGUCUCGAGUAGACCAAUCAAUAAAGAGGCUUCCUUGUUCCUGACAAUUCAGAGAUGGUUAAAGGAAGGUGUCAUCCAACUCAAAAUUUUCAGAAUACUUGGAAGACAACUGAGUGCUAUUUCAUGUCUCUCAUGCAGUUUGAAAGUGUUUUCUUAAACACACACAGAGACACACAUACACACACACACACACACACACACACACAAAGUGUGAUUGAAUUAUUUCUACUCUGUUCUUGAGUCUUUCUUACCCUACCUCCAUUUCCUCACGCACACUCUUACUUAUUAAGUCAUCUACUUUGCAGAUUUUGCUUGUCUUUAAUUUUUAUCUCUGCUUCACAAAUUCCAAAUAUUUGAACCUCUUAAAGGGGGAAAAAAAAAUCACAAACACAUACCUACACAAUCUCUUUGUCAAAAUAGGGCUGUUAUACAGGCUUCCUCUAUGACAUCCUCCAUACAUCUCUGUUUGAUAAGAAGAAACACAUUUUCUUUUGAGUCGACAGUUAUUUGAAACUUUCAGAGGAGGUUUGCAUAUUUAACUCUUUUUUUCUGCUUUUGAGUAACUUUUGUCUUACUUUGCACUAAGGUACUCUGAGGGAGAAGAGAAAAGCACAUUUUUUUUAGUGAACUACUAUACUUUGUAAGUUAGUUGUCUGUCUUUUGCAACAUUUAUAGUCUACAAAGUGGUAGAACAGACAUGAGCAAAGAUUAAAGCAAAAGUGGUUUGGGUGUUUUGACCACACUUGGUAGGAACAGAAUGAAGAGAAAGAGAGAACAGUUGGCGUAAACUUGGUAACAACUGAUGACUUUCCCACAGAAGGGUUACUGCUUCCAGAGAGACUCACUGGUGGCAGCUCUUCUCACUUUCCUGGCUCUUAAUUUGGGAAUCUCUUUAGUGCAUUUGGAUCUUCACUUUACCCAUUAGGAAAAGAGGCAAUAUCAUGGGGUUUGCAUGAGGAAUUCUUUACUUAAUUUGGCACAAUAUUUUUGUCUCUUCCCAGUACAUCAACCACAUUUUUUUUCUAGAUUUGUAUUUCAUUAGGAUUUUUCUAGGAUGCUUUAGAGCUAUCACCAUAAUGAUCUAAUCUGUCCAGAUUGAACACUUAGAGGAACUAUGAAGUCCACUACCCUGAAUCAGCAUUCUCCAUGGGUAGAAGCCCUGAGGUCCUGAAAUCAGCCUAGGGAUCUUCCUCUCCCACUUAUUGGUCCAGCCAUACGUGGCCAUGCCAGAAUGAUGAUGAGAUGUGCUACUCCCCAUGCCUGACAGUGAAUGCUUUCAGGGACCUAUCACCCAACACUAUCUGGGAACACUGCUUUCUUCAAUCAUCCCCAGUUAUACAGGGGGACUUUUGCAAAAACAGCAGGACAAAUUAAGAGGGCUGACUUAGGUCACAAUCAUAGGUGAAGCUAAUUGUUUUAGUGAUUACAUCCUAGUCUUAAUUUUCCUCAACAUCAUAUUCUUCCGUGCCUCCAAUGCCAGAAGUAGUCUCAGGGGACAUGAAAACUGGAUGAAACAGACUGUUGUAUUGCCCUGCAGACUCUUUGGAAAGCCUCCCCAUAGAUAGAAUUUUCAGUAAACCUUAGGGAAUACUAUUAAUGAGCUUCUGCCUAGUCAGAUAUCCUAAUUAUAGCUCACACCAUCCCCCAGUCUUCACGGGAAUUAUAGUCUCUUCUCUUUGAAUGGCAGUGUCAACCUGUGUAACCUUGCCCUGCCUUAAAUACUAAUGCAAAAAUACCAAACCUUGCUUACAACAGUGUGCUUAUAUGGCAAGAGGGACUUUGUAUUUAGUGAGGUCCAAUAUCAAGAAUGCUUUCCUUCUAAAUCUGGUAGUUGAUGGGUCUCCUGAUAUGCUGUGUCGCUUUGGGCUAUCACUCCCUUCAAUCUACUGGAGGAGGCACAGAAGGUGCAGAGGCGUCACUGGGAAUUGGAAUGCAGGCUGAGGGGGAACCACAGAUAAGUCUCCGGGAUAUGCUAGGUAAGGAACUAGCAAACGUUUACUGCAUAGGGCCAGAUAGUCAGCACUUAAGCCUUUACAGGACGGCCAGUCUCCAUUGCGGUUGCUCAUCUUUCCUGUUGUAGUAGGAAGUGGGCCAAACAUGGACAAAGAGUUAUGGCUAUGUUCCAGUAAAACUUUGUUUUCAAGAAUAGGCAACAUAUCAAAUUUGGUUCAUGGGCUAUAGUUUGCUGAUCCUUGUUAUGCAAUAUUACAAUGUCCACUUCAGAUGGAAAAUCAAUUUCUCUCUGGCAUAGAGUGGUCCUCCUUCUUGAAGAAUGGGAAAGAGCAGGGAAAUUAUUUUUAACAAGGAAAUAAUAAAAUACAAAAUAACCUCUUCUUCAAAAAAAUAUAUAUCAGAUACUUAUUAUGGCAAAAGCACAAAACAGGUCACCUCUCUUUGUAGAUCUUCUGGAGUCUAGCUUUUCCUUUUGACCUUCUCAUAUUUGUUCCUGAAACAGAAUCCCAAGUGAUGUUGCCUCAUUCCAAGUCAGUUUUGUAGACCAUGUAACAUGUCUUAAUACACUGUAUGGGGAAAAAAAAAAAAAAAAUAAAAGUUAGCCUUAGAUUUCUUUGUUUUCUAUGGUUCCUGUUGUACAGAAGAAAGACUUACACUGUAAAUAAUGUAUAUUUAAUAAAGAGAGAAUUUUGUAUGA